GUCUACAAUUUCUCUCCAUUCGAUCCGAAUAUUUAUUUUAUUUAAAAACAUUAUUAUCUUGUUUAAAAUUUAUUUUUAAACAUGGCUGAUUUAGAUAAAUGGAUUGAAAUCGCUAAAGAGUGCAAAUAUUUACCCGAAAAUGACUUGAAGGAACUUUGCGACAUUGUUUGUGAUCUUUUGGUUGAAGAAAGUAAUGUUCAUCCUAUUCCAUUACCAGUUACAGUUUGUGGUGAUAUUCAUGGACAGUUCUAUGAUCUUGAAGAGUUAUUCCGAUGUGGUGGUCAAGUUCCAGACACAAAUUACAUCUUCAUGGGAGAUUUUGUAGAUCGUGGAUAUUAUUCACUUGAGACACUUACGAGAUUACUUACACUCAAAGCUCGAUAUCCUGAUAAGAUCACUUUGCUUCGUGGUAAUCAUGAAUCACGACAAAUCACAAAGGUUUAUGGAUUUUAUGAUGAAUGUUUAACCAAAUAUGGCAAUAUUAAUGCAUGGAAAUAUUGCUGUCGUGUGUUUGAUCUCCUUACAAUUGCUGCAAUAAUUGAUGAAUCAAUUCUGUGUGUGCAUGGUGGAUUAAGUCCAGAAAUUAAAACUUUAGAUCAAAUUCGAACAAUCGAUCGACGAAUCGAAAUUCCACACAAAGGAGCAUUUUGUGACUUAGUUUGGUCUGAUCCUGAAGAUAUGGAUACGUGGGCUGAAAGUCCACGGGGUGCUGGAUGGUUGUUUGGAUCUCUUGUAACUCAAGAUUUUAUGGAGCGCAACAAGUUGGAACUUAUUUGUCGUGCUCAUCAAUUGGUGCAUGAAGGUAUUAAGUACAUGUUUAAUGAGACGCUAGUAACAGUUUGGUCAGCUCCAAACUAUUGUUAUCGAUGCGGAAAUGUUGCUUCGAUUCUUUCAUUUGACUCAAACAAACAGCGAACUACAAAAAUAUUCAAUGCCGUUCCAGAUAGUCAACGUGUUGUACCACCUCAAAGAAUCACUCCAUAUUUUUUGUAGUGACUUAUUUAUAAUUUUAAACAUUUCUUUAUUGCUAUUUACUGAUAUAAUGUACUGAGAAAAAAAUAAACAAUUGACAUAAAUAAAAUGAAAAUCCAACUGAAUUUUAAGA